AUGCAUAGAAACCUCUCUGCUGAAGCACUGGAAGAAGCUGCAACGAAAGGCUUUUCUGCAGAGAAGGAGCAAACGCUAUACCUUCAAGGCUUGUACUGCGAGGUGCAGAUGAAGAAGGGAGAUGUUUCUCGCAUAUUUGAUCAAUUUGAAUGUCGUGUAGAAACCAUUGAGGAGUAUUGGGAGAUGUUUGAACAAGAAGAAGAAGCCUUAUCAAGCUCAAAUGUCUCCAUGUACCACAGUAUUCUUUGCGUGAUUAAGGGCUUUCUGAUGGUCAACCCAAAUUGUCUUGGUAUUGAACGGAUCCAGGAGAUUGUGGUUCUGGUGGCGAAGAGAUGCUUGUUAUCUGAACGGCUUCUUUCGGAAUGCUUUUCAAAUGUUUUCGGAAUGAACAGAGGAGAGAAAUCGUCGACCUCUCACAACUACGUGGCCACCUUUCAUUCGACAUUGCGAUUGUGCCUAACGGUGUUGUACAUGAAUUGUUGUAAUCAUGACAUUUUGACAUUACUGAAAUCGAUACAUGAAACUGUCAGGGAUAUCUUGCACCAAUUGAAAGAUUCUCAGAAAGAAUCAGCACCCCUUUUAGUGAUUUUAUUGAAUGAAUGUAUUCAUGUGGUCAUUGAGGAAUUUUUUGGUGAGGCUGUUGGGCAUUCACAACACAUGGAAAACUCAGACCAUAUACCUCUACAACCUUUGAACAUUAACCAGACGGAUAGAAUACUCAAUCAUCUCGUCAAUUAUAGUUUCGAAAUGCCGCUGCAGAGAGAAGAUGAUGAAUGGCUAAUAGGACAAAGUUCAAACCUUCCAAUGUAUUCAAACAGCCCUAAAGGAAUGAUUUCCGAGGGCGGCACUUCGCCAAACAAUGAUUACACACAAUGGAACUUUAUUGACUCCUUAAUCCAUAUUCUGGAAAGUUCGUCUCUACAACUGAACGACAAAUUGAGAAGCAUGCAAUGCCUCUUCAAAAUCUCCAUGUUGAGCGAAUCAUUUGCUUUUAAAACUCUUCCUCUCUUUGAAAGAAUUCUUGUGAUGGAUCCAAACGAAGAUCUGAGAUCGUUUUCAGUCAUGUGUCUUUGGGAAUUAAUGUUUGUUCAUCCAUCGUUGCAGCACUACGACUUGAUGGUUAGCGUACUGGAGGAAGUGGGAGUGGAUGAAGUUCUUGAUAUUACAACCUCAGAAGAGGUAAAUUCUCGUUCCUCAUGUUCCUUAUUUGAGUUACUUUAUGGUAUCUCUUCCUUCACACAAAAAACAAAGUACACAUUUCUCUUGACAGCAAUCAGAAUGCUUCGACACAAGAAAUGUUCCAACCCUAAAUUCGAAAAGAUGCUUUUUGCAUUCAUCAAGGGAGAAAAGGUCAAAUGUGAAAAGAAGGAUCCAACCGUUGAUCCUUUCUUUAAAAAGGUGUUGAGUCAGAUCACUCUAGAAACAGAUACAAUGUCCAUUCAAGUUGUAACAAAUAAUCACAAAAGAAGAAGUGGCAAAAAACAAAAUGCCAAACAUUCCUCUGAGGAUCUCCAACACAUCACCCAUGAACAUGUUCCUUCUUCUGAACCCUCAUACUCCAACGUAGAAACAGAGGUCAUCUCCUCCUACAACAACACCAACAACGAUAUUAUGGAAGAAGACGAGUAA